CCUGUGAUGGACGUCCACGCCAGCCAUUCACAAGCCGAGCCCGAGGGAAAAGGGGUGGCGAUUUCGAGCGAGAACGAACGGGAGGGAGGAGGGAAGGAAGGGAAGAAAGAAAGAAAAAAAAAAAAGCUGUAGGGAGUCCUGUAAUGGCGACGGGGUUGUCAGAUAAUUUGAAGCACCCGACAAUGGUUUGGGAAGUGAAGACAAACCAGAUGCCUAGUACGGUGCAGAAAGUCCUGCUGGUGGUGGACAAGAGAAUGAAUGAACGAGGAAUGAACGAGGCGCUGGACUUGCUGAAAUGUAACGAGAAUAUUCCGUCUUCUCCUGGAUACGCAUCUUCUGACGAACAUAUGGAACUCGAUGAUCUUCCGGAAUUGCAGGCGGUUCACAGCGACUCUACCCCACCCGCCCUCUUCCAGCUGAGCGCUAAUAUCUCACAUCAGGAAUACACAAGGCCUUCUUGGAACCAGCACACCUCAGGCAGCAGCCCAGAAAGUGCUUCCCCGUGCGAGGACGGAGUGAACUGGCUGACGGAGCUGGCAAACAUCGCCACUAGCCCGCAGAGUCCUCUCAUGCAGUGCUCGUUUUAUAACACGUCAUCUCCCGUUCACUUGCUAGCCACAAGCAAAAGUUUACAUUCCUAUGCACGCCCACCGCCAGAAUCCUGUCCGAGCGAGACAGUUUUUCCCAAGCACCACGUGGAGGAAACGCCAAUCAGACACGAAAGGACAAACAGUGAAUCGGAGUCUGGCAUUUUCUGUAUGUCAUCCUUGUCAGACGAUGAUGAUCUGGGAUGGUGCCACUCUUGGCCUCCAACUGUUUGGCACUGUUUCCUUAAAGGAACACGUUUAUGCUUCCACAAAGGACGCAAUAAAGAAUGGAUAGAUGUUGAAGAUUUUGCUGGAUUGGCCAGCUGCAGAAACCAAGCUGAUGAUUCGGUGGGUGCUUAUAAAGGCUACGCCGCUGACGGAUUGAAACUGAUCUCGCAUGAAGAGAGCGUUUCGUUUGGUGAGUCAGUACUCAAGCUGACUUUUGAUCCUGGCACAGCAGCCAAGGAUUUACUCACUGUGGAGUGCAGACUAGAUCACCCCUUCUAUGUUAAAAAUAAAGGUUGGUCUUCUUUUUAUCCAAGUUUGACUGUGGUCCAGCAUGGCAUUCCAUGUUGUGAAAUGCACGUUGGCGACAUCUGUCUACCUCGUGGACACCCUGAGGCCAUAAACUUUGAUGAUUCUGGUGUUUUUGAUACAUUCAAAAGUUACGAUUUUACACCCCUGGACUCGUCCGCAGUCUACGUGCUAAGCAGCAUGGCUCGUCAAAGGCGCGCGUCUUUAUCCUGCGGGGGGUCUGGGAGCCAAGACUUUGAAAGAUCCGACUUUGGGCCUGCACCGCCGACACCGACGUCCUCCGUGUUCAGUAAAUCUGGCAAAAACCACAACUCAGGGACUGCAAGUACUGUUAGUGCCACUUCCCCCAACAAAUGCAAAAGACCAAUGAAUGCCUUCAUGCUUUUUGCCAAAAAAUACAGAGUGGAAUAUACCCAAAUGUACCCAGGAAAAGAUAACAGAGCCAUAAGCGUCAUACUUGGAGACAGGUGGAAGAAAAUGAAAAACGAGGAAAGACGGAUGUACACGUUAGAAGCCAAGGCCUUGGCUGAAGAACAGAAACGCUUGAAUCCUGAUUGCUGGAAACGGAAACGAACAAAUUCAGGGUCCCAGUAGCACCGAGUUCGAAUUCUAAUCAAUCCGUGGUGGUGGAAGGCACGAUCAAGGCUUCGUGAUUCGUUGUGGCGGUGUGACUAUAAUAACACGGGGCAUCACGGGGUCACUUAGGAAUGAAGUUUUGCUUAUUACAGUAGAGCGUUAAGCAAGCUAAAAGUAUCAACGUAUUUUUUUAAAAAAAAAAACAACCACCACCAACCAACCAACCAAAUUGCCUUAUUAUUAUUUUUCCUUCCAAACUACACACAUAUAUAUAUAUAUCUUAUCAGGUGUAACAAGCUUGAAUACGGAUAUCCUGUGGUGCUAAGGAAUAUUAGGAAGAAGAGAAUCUUGUAUAAAAAGUGUUUUGUUUUCUAAGGACAAAAAUAAAAGAAAAAUGCACAAAAAAAGGGGAAGUUUAGAACAUGUUAACAUCUGUUUUAUAGUACAAUUCCUAUUGCUGAUUAAUACGUGUUGCACAAACUAUGUAAUGAACUACAAAAUUUUGGCAAGCUGGGGAUUUUUCUGACAAUAAAUAGAUGAACUUCUCGUUUUGCCCAGUGCCAACGGAGUAUCGGAACGUGGGGCAAAGCGAAUAGUAUAAUGUACACUAUAUGUAGCAGAUUGUUUUCGAUAUGGGAAGGUGUCACAUGGAUAAUUUAUAUUUGGGGGUGCCUUCCCAUGGUAAAAGGCUGGCGAGAAGCCUGAGCUGCAUUGGAAAAAGAUGAUUAAACCCACGAGCAGAUUGCAUUGUUCAAGACGAAUGGUGCUUUCGUUAAUACCUUCAUUUAAUUAAUUUUUUUCCCUAUGUUGCGUAUUUUAAAAGAUUUUAUUUUGCCACAUCCUUUUUUUUUUUUUUAACGGUGGGGACAAACCUUGCACUUAUUUUCGGUGCAAUAUUUGCACUUUACUUUUAUUUUAUUUUUCUCCCCCCCCCUCCAUCUAUCUAAAAACAGAGCAGAUAUAUUCGAUCUAUGGCUACUUUUUGCUGUGAACAUUUACAAAACAUAGCUUUUUAAUAUUACUAAAUAGUGUGGUUUCUGCCAAGAAUCACCAGAAAUUUCAGCACCUGAUAUGUACGUCUUACAUGUUUUGCUCCUAUGAUUUUGCACACUGUAUUCUUGUAUUAUUUCAAAUAAAUUGUAAAAAAAA